AUGCUACACAUCCCGACACUUUCAAUGAACCCCCUUGUCGAUGACUUCUACGGACCCACUGAGAACACAACCUCCACUUUCAAUAUGGAAGAACUCAUCUCCGACCCUAAGGCAAAAGUCCAAGAAUUCAACAAAAUCCUUCCAGUACACGAACCCAACAAACACCUUCCCACUGCUCCAACCUUGCCCACUCCAACACCCACCACAUCAAACCUCUCACUACCUGCACCAGUAACGAGGAUCACCAGGAAGCGAGCUCGCGAACUCCCACCUCUGAUGAAGAAAUAUCGCAUCCGGGAGAGGCUGCAACCCUUUAUUCUCGAUGUAUGCGAAGUAGAGCCGGAUGGACACUGUGGCUUUCGCGCCAUUGCGGUAGCCCUUGGGCGGUCUCAAGACGAGUGGCUCGAUAUACGCCAGAGCAUGGUCAAGACGGUAGAGAUCUAUCCUCAACUAUUUUCUGACGACACACUGCCUCAGCCGCGCGCCGAAGGUUUGAACCGCCUUCGGACACGCAAACAAAAUGUAGUAUCGCAGCAAGAGCACUGGCUCACCAUGCCAGGUUGGGGUGGCGUUAUAGCUACGACAUUUGAGCGUCCAGUUAUAUACUACGACCCCGGUGCAUCUAGCCAGAGUACAUUUCCCUACCUCACAGGACCCAAUCAGCAUCCACCAAUUGUUUUAACCGUGGCAUCACUCCACUUUUGCACCCUCAAGCUCGAUUUGACGUUGGACAACCUCCCAGUUCCUCGACUUUGUAAAACAUGGCGCCGAUAUCGCCACGAGGACGCGAGUCAUUGGCUUGACACAUGGGGUCCCUUGAUCGAACUCAAUGAGCAAUUCGUCAAAUCUAAUAACAAAGGUAGAAAAAAAAAACAACUGGGUCCAAUAGUUGUAUCGGAUUGA